AUGGAAUUGAAGAUUAAGAUUAUUGAUGCAAGCGGAGUUUAUGAUUCAUCAUUUAAAUAUGAAUUCGUUGACCCAGAAAUGAAUAUGACAAAUGCGAAAUCAAUUAAAUUAAUUCUUAAAAAAGUUGAAAAUUCAGAAAAUGAGUAUACAUUUAAAAUUCCAAUCCCGAAUAAUGCCGAAACUGGUCAGAAAGAAUUAUUAAUAAUAUUCAUUGAUCCUGCAGGCCAAGAAUCAUCACUUUUCAGAAUACCAAUAACAAUUAUAUUAGGAAGAAGUAUAACAGAAAAUUCAAUAAUCUGCAGAACGACUGAAGAUAUAAUGGCUGCUGGCAGGAAGAAUCUAUUCAAAUGCAAUAUUGAUAAUAUUGAAACUAGCCCUGUUUACUAUAAAGCAAAAAUUGGAGCAAAGGAUGAUUACGGCCAUUACGAAAUUGAUACUGAAUUAGAGGAAAUUGGGCUUGAAAAUGAAUUUAAUGUUCUUGUUGAUAUUCCAGAUCAAUAUUAUGAGAAGCAUACUAUAUCUUUUGCAAUGAUAAGAUCAAGCGAUGAUGAAAUCAUAAAAUAUUUUGAUCUUUCUGAUGUUAGGAUUACAAUUGAACCAAAUAUCGAGAAAUCCUCUAGUUAUUAUAAUGUAGAAAAAUUUUCAUUAACAAAAAUGAUAUUUAAGGUCAAAUAUAUUUGCGAUUUCCAAACACUUAGGGUUUUAUACCGCAACUCAGAUGGAAAUGAAGAAUUUCAAAAUGUUAUUAUUUGGCAAAAUGUCAAAAGUAUGGUUAUAUGA